AUGUUUCGCGCUGUGACAGAUAGCUGGAAGCGAUAUUGGUGGGGAACAGGAAUCUUGCCAGAUAGAUCAAAUAGAAUAGAAGACAUCUAUUUAAGAUAUUACAAUGGGAAAACCGCAGAUGAUUACGUUGAUAUACCUCUUAGCCAAGCCAGUCAAUUGUUCGAAAUUCAAGGUUUCGAUAAGGACAGCCCCACAGUGCUGUAUAUCCACGGGUUUAUCGAAGUGGCACAGCAGCAAAGUAUUAGGGUCACGGUGAACGCGUACUUACAAGCAAGGCCUGGUACAAACGUCAUAUUAUUGGACUGGUCUAAUAUGGCUCAUGGUUCUUAUUUAGUCAAUGCUGCUAGAAAUACCAAAAAGGUGGGAAGCGCGGCUGCAGAACAAUUGAACCGACUUAUGGAUUCCGGUCUACUACUAGAAAAGUUUCACGUCAUAGGUCAUUCUUUAGGUAGUCAUGUAGCCGGAUACGCAGCAAGAGAGCUUAAGAACAAAUACAAUAAAGUAGUUAAAAGGUUAACAGCACUAGAUCCUGCAUUUCCAGCAUUCUACCCUGACGGCGUGGUCAUGGAACAUGUCAAUGCGAAGGAUGCAGAGUUUGUGGAUGUUAUACAUACUGAUGCUGGCGGCUACGGAGCACCUGUGCGUACUGGGACAGCCGACUUCUGGCCAAAUGGUGGUAAAAGUAUUCAGCCCGGGUGCCCGAGGUUUGCGCCUAUACCGUUGUCGGAUGACAGUAAGUGUUCCCAUUUAUGCAGCCAUUGGAGAUCGUGGCAGUUUUAUGCGGAAUCAGUACUGAAUCCUGAGGCGUUCCCAGCAUCACCUGCGGAGUCUUAUAACAAAUUUAGAGAAAACCCAAAUCCUGAAUCAGGAAUGGCUUAUAUGGGGUUUAAAUGUGAUAGUAGUGCUAAAGGAUCGUAUUACUUAACAACAAACGGACAAACACCAUUCGGUAAAGGAAUGGACGGAUUGUACCCGAAGAGUAAAAAGAAAAACUCCAUGAAGAAGAAUUAA